AUGCAUAGUAUGCCAUGGAGUGAAGAUUUUGACGAGAACAGUGACCAGAUCAAGUCGGUAGUGGCGUGGAUCCGUUUGCCGGGCAUGCCCGUUCAUCUCUAUUAUAAAAAAGUAUUUCGCAAAAUUGGAAAAAUAGUCGGUAAGAUAGUGAAAAUUGACCACCAAACAGCUGCUCAAACUAGGGGUAAGUUUGCGAGAUUGGCGGUCGUCCUAGAUUUGACAAAGACUGUGUGUGCUAGAUUUACGAUUCGGGGCAAGAAACAGCCGGUUGAGUAUGAGUAUCUUCCUAACAUUUGUUUCCACUGUGGGCAUUAUGGGCAUGCUACCAUAAGUUGUCCGGAUCGGACUAGCAAAGGUGAAGUGCCUGAUGGAAGUGGAAUUGGAGGAGGCGGGGCUGUUGAUGAUCGUGGGAAGGGUGGUGCUGCAUCACCCCAUUCUAAUCAGGAAAUUAGAGUUGAGGACUCUAACGGCCAUAAUAAGGGAACUAUGGAAGAGGAGAGUAUUUAUGGACCAUGGUUGCUUGCUAAACCUACGGGAAGGCCUUCCUUUUGGCGUAAUAAGGAAGUUGAGGAGGGGAAUAAGUCAGCCCCUCUCAACCUGGAGGUGAGGGAUGCUACUCGUUUCCAAGUUGGGAAGGAUGAUUUGAGGGGGAACACGAAGGUCGGAGCAAGGGAGGCAAGGAAGAAGGGGAAGACAAGGAAAGAGGAUGAAUCGAGAGUUGUUGGGGAUGUUUGGAAUGGGAAAGAGAAAGAGAUUUCUACUCCUUUUGCUAGGAUUGGAAGUCAAGGGAAGGAAACAGGGAAUUCUACGAUUACGGUGGGAGAGGAGCACUUCUAAUGUGCAUAACAGGGGGUUGCAUGUGGAGAAUCGGAGGGGAAUCUUGGGUGAGAAUAAUGAUAUUGAAGGAAUGUUGAUGGAUGGUGGGUCCAGUUUGUCUCAAAGAAUGAAUCAUUAUGUUAUUCCAGUAAAAAUUGGACUUGAUCCAACAAAGCACCAAGCUGUGAUGAUCAUAGACAGUCCAACACAUAGUACUCGUGAUCAUGAUCAACCAAAUGAUUUUGACCCCGGAGAUGAUUUUAUGAUUGAGGUCAGUCAUACUAG